AUGAUGACACCCUUUUUCUCCCAUGGAUUCCUCUUGCUGGUAGGCCUGUGCUACCUGCUUCCCGGAACCCAAGCUACAUAUGAAGGACUCUAUAAUGACUCGGGCAUUAAUCGUUUUCAUUGCCGGAAGGUUGCUCUCACAGUCAGCAAUGUCUCCAUCUCUUUGUACAAACAGAUGGCCCAGAAGUCAAGAUCUGGAAAUAUUUUAUUCUCCCCUAUAAGGGUUGUUGCUUCAAUUUUAAUGCUUUCCCUAGGAGCCAAAGGUAAAGUUAGUCAACACAUCCUGGAGGCCCUGAAGCUCAACAAAACAGGCUUGCCUGAAGCCGAGAUCCACAGGUGUUUCCAGUAUCUACUCCAUGCCAUCAACCAGGCCACAGAGGUAACCUCACUGAAAAGUGGUAACAGCAUGUUCAUCCACCAGGACCUGAAACUGGUGGACAAAUCCCUGGAGACAAUCAAGGACCUGUACUUCUCUGAAGUCAUCCCCACCAACUUCAGAGACAGCAAUAGGGCCAAGGCACAGAUCAACAAUUACAUGAUGAAGAAAACCAACAAGGAAAUCGUAGACAUGGUCAACGAGCUGAAGAAUGACACAUUCCUUGCCCUGAUGGACUACAUUGUCUGGAAUGGCAAAAUUAUCAGCAACUUUUAUUGUCAGUUCAUCAAGAUGGAGGAUUUCUACUUAGGACGCAAACAGACCAUGAAUUUACCGACAGUCAAUAAUGUGGGUGUGUAUCAUCUGUUCCAAGUCUCCAAUCUGUCUAGCACGGUGCUGGUGCAUAGCAAUGGCCAAGGCAGUGUCAUAGCCUACUUCAUCAUACCUGAUAAUAUAAAGUUGCACCAGCUAGAGCAGAGACUGACCUACCCUCACUUCCGCCAGAUGAUUCAAAAAUUUAGCCUAAGGAUGGUCAAGGUGCACAUACCCAUAUUGUCACUGUCUGAGACCUAUGACGUGGAAUCAGUGAUGGACCUACUAGGAAUCACCCCUGUUUUCAACGAGGAAGCCAACAGCUCCGAGAUCAUGCAAAACACACCUCAGAAGUCCUUCAAGGUGCUAAGCAAGGCCAUGCUGACCCUCGAUGACAAGGGGACCAAUCCCACUAAAGGUCCAUGCCUUGGACAGAAACAAUGGUCUGACCUUCCUCUUGUUAAACUAAAUAGACCCUUCCUAAUCUUCAUCCAGGACCUAACAAACAAUAUCCCCCUCUUAUUAGGCAGGGUGGUAGAUCCCAGAAAGUAA